AAAAAUCUCAUCGAAUGAGGUUUCAAUGCGCCGGAAUUUUUGUUAUCUCUGCCAGUUUCCUGUGGGAGAGCAAAAUCUCAUAAAAUUUUUACUGAAUACGUAUUUCCGUCAGUGAACAAUCAAUUUUUGCCCAACAUUCGAGGAUAGACCCAGCGAACAAAUAGGGACUUGAUACUGUGUUGGACAAGGCUACAGUGACAAAAAUAAUUCUCGUUACGUUUCAAUAACACUUUGUGUGAUUGUCAUUAAAUGAUAAUUCAUAAUGGCAACUCCCAGGGAUCAUAGCAAACCAGGUGUCAUUGUGUUAGGCGGAUGUGGCUUCAUUGGACGUAAUCUUGUGGCUUAUCUCGUUGAAAAUGAACUGGUCUCUUUUCUGCGUGUCAUUGACAAAGUACCACCACAGACAGCCUGGCUCAAUGAUAAACAUCGACAGAUUUUUGAAAAUCCUAUAAUCGAAUUUCGAAGUGCCAACCUCAUAAAUACAGGUUCUUGCCAAAAUGCCUUUGCAUGUGAUGAACCCAUCGAUUUCGUAUUCAACUGCGCUGGGGAGACCAAAAGUGGUCAGACUGAUCCUGUUUACAAGGAGGGCAUCUACAAAUUGAGCAUGAAUUGCGCCCAACAAGCUGCCAAACUUGGUGUUAAAAGAUAUAUAGAGAUAUCGGCUGGAAACAUGAGCUCAUCCGAGAAGGCGCCAGUGAAAGAGGAUGAAACCCCGGAUCCCUGGACAUACGUUGCAAAAUACAAACUACAAGUGGAAAACGACUUGAAGAAAAUUCCUAAUUUAAAGUACACGAUUCUGCGACCAGCAAUAAUAUACGGACCAGGGGAUAAAAAUGGAUUGACACCUCGUCUAGUCGUUGGGGCUGUCUAUAAACAUCUUGGUGAAAUGAUGAAGCUCCUCUGGGGGCCAGAUCUCCACAUGAACACGGUUCAUGUCAGGGACAUUGUUCGAGCAAUGUGGCACGUCGCUAACAGGGAUGACACAGUUGAUCAGACGUACAAUGUAGUCGACGAAGCAGAUUCAACACAGGGGUCAAUAAGUGCAAUUGUCUCAGAGAUAUUCAACAUCAAUCACGAUUAUUGGGGAACUGCAUUAUCCACUUUGGCCAAAACUGAUAUGAAUUCUGUAGUCGAAGAAGUGAAUGAUAAGCACAUGGGUCCAUGGGCGGAGAUCUGCAAUCAGGAUGGAAUUCAGAACAGUCCUUUAUCGCCAUACAUCGAUCAAGAAUUACUUUAUAAUAAACAUCUCUACUUGGAAACGGGAAAAUUAGCCAACACCGGGUUCACCUAUGAUUAUCCUAAACCGACGACAGGAGCUCUCAAAGAGGUGCUGGAGGAUUACGUAUCUAUGAAAGUCUUCCCCCCUUCACUGAUUCUGUGAAGGACAGGGCUGUCAGCUAUUUCUACGUGGUACUGGGAAGAUGUUCGCCCAAACUUCAAGACCCGCCACAUCCAAAUAAGUAGAAAAAAAAAUUCACUUCGUGCCUAAUUAUACAGAAGAAUAUUCAGAUUUUAAUACCUAUAUUAUCGACAUUGUGCAUAUUUUAGAAGUCUUGCGAAAAUUUGAAGAUCAUGGGGAAGAAAAUUUAAUCCCAGAAGCUAGUAAAUUUGUUACACAAUUCCAUUGGAUUUUCAUGAAAAUUUUUGUAAAACUUCCUGAGCUCAAACUUUCGAUCUUUCGCUGUUAGUUUUCUAAUGGUACACUGGGAGAAAAAUUGAGUAAAACUGAACGAUUAUGUUUUGACUCAAGCACUCGGUCUUGUUCAUCAAUAAUGACAGCAGAAUAAUUCAUUGAUGUAACGAAAUAUGUCGGUAGUUUAGAGAACUAUAUGAUUAAACUGUAUGCUUCAAUUAUUGAUUCUGCGGGGUCUAAACAUGAACCUCAUGCUUCGAUCAAAUGAGGAUUCGAAUCUAUCGUAUAUUGGUUCGUAUUCCCUGAAUAUUUCAUCAAAUUUUAAUAGUUAUUUGAAUGUAUCGUCUUUCGUAGAUCUGAAAACUUAUUGUAGACGACAUCAAUGGAAUCGCAUGGAAUAAGAUAUUUUUAAUGAAAUAAUGACCCGUUUUCAACGGAAUAUUUAAUGAUCUACGCUCUAUUGGGAGCCCACUGUGAAAAUGAAGCAUUAAAAGCGUUGAAACAACAGAAUUCGAUUUAUCUCUGAAAGAAUAUGCACCGAACAAGAUAUAUUUCGUUAAAUCUACGAUACUUUUCUCUCAGCGUAAAGACAGGAAAUGAAAACGGAAUGGCAAAAAUAUGGAAAAUUUGUGCUGAGGAAAUUCUACAGAAUAGUCGUUCAAAAUAGAAUAGAAGUGACAUAAGUAUCAUUCGAUCAUUAUUAAUAUCAUUAUUUCUUGAAUACAUUCGAGUUUAUAAAACCAUUCAAGUCCACUGACAUUUUUAAUAGAAUUUUUUUCAGUUUCUAUAGAAUUACUCAAAAAUUCAUGCAAAAUUGACCGGAAAUUCUGUGGAAUUGUCUAGCGAAUAGUUGGUUUUUUUUAUUGAACUUUAUCGUGUUUAAUGUAUCACAAUAAGUAAUCAAUGUGCACGCUCAUGGACGCGAAAAUCGAUGAACACCAUGAUUUAGAGACUUAACGAGACAAUGUGAUAAAACAAAAAAAAAUGUACGUACUUAAUGAAUAAUCAUCGCUGCCACGAGCUCAAUUAAUUAGUCUAACGCUAGGCAAUCCUAGUCAAAUACAUUUGGCCUACUGGAAAUGAAUUGAACGAUAUGAGGCCAGACUUUGCUGUUAGUUUGUAAAAAUGAGCGAAAAAAUUUUCUACGCAGACUUUUAUUGAAAUAUUUACUGCAUAGCCAAAGGGGGGUAAAUGGUGGUGUGAGCAUGUCUAUUGCGCCCCUUUGACUCUAUAAUGGCGGAAUAAUGAACCAAAUUUGUUACAAAAAUUUAGGCAUAUGGAGAAGUUGCUUUUUAUACAACUAAUUGACAGUGAUAUUUGAUAAUGUGAUAUCUGGGAUUUUUCAGGAUUCAUAAGUAAUUAAUCUAGUGCAUUUACCAUUACAUUCCGCUAGAAAUAUGAAAAUAAAGCAUGUGUUAAUCAAGUCAAUAGAAGAGGAUUGGGAAGCUAAAGACGAUGAUAGAAAUUGAUCGGAAAAUCCAGUUUUACAUCAACUCAGUGAUCAGAUCGGUUUGGUCAUGUUUUAUAGACUAGGAAAUCAUCUAUGGACCUAUUCCUACUUACUCCGUUUGCUCGUGUUCGAUGGCUUGUUUGAUGGAUUGUUGUAAAAUAUGAAAAAGACAAAAAUAUUACUAGUGAAUUACGAUUUUUUCAAGGGUUUGUCAAUUUAGGAAAAAUCAUAUUAAGGAUAUCCAAGUAGUUCAGUUAUUGUUUCAGUAGUGGAAAUACUUUGGACAGCAUUUGAAGUCGAACAUUAGAGACUUAAUUUAAACCUCAUUUGCCCGUAAAAUUCCAACCACUUCACUAUUUUAUUAUUUCAAAUUUGUUGAUCUCAAUCUGAAUCUCGAUAUUAAAAAAUAAAAACGUAUUUUAGAAAUUUGAAAAAUAAAUUCGAACGUUUACUUUUGAGGAAAAAUUAAGGAAAUCAUUCAAAAAAUAAUUUUUCAAACAUUACGAGUAUUUUCUAUGAAUAAUUUAUAAAAAAUUUAAUUUGAUUGUGUCGUGUAGUUCCGGCUAAAUGUUUCAAUGACUCUUGGAUAUCCUAAUGAAGUCCUUUCAGAGUCCAAUCAUACAUAAUGAAUUGUAUGAAAAAAAUAACAAUCAAUUACUCAGCAUUCUUAAUUACUUAUUAGUUAACUAGAUUCUAAAUUUCUGAUUGAACACAAAUGAACAAAUGUUAUGAAUUUUUUGUGAUUCUGCAACUUAAAAUAAAUACAUUGCCUGGAGGAGGAGUCAGAUCUACAGUUCCAAUCGCUCUAAUUAGUUAAUUAGUUCUCUUUCUGUGAGAUAAUCGUCAGCAAGGCCCUGUACAAGUUUAAGAUUUUUAACAGAGCAUCACUGAGAAAAUCGGGCUAAAAGUCGAUCAAAUUUUUCGUGUCAGAUAGUCAAUAAUAUGGGGCGUUGAAUAUGAGUCAUGAAAAUUGUUACCACUAUCGUGUUUUUGUUAAACUAAAUCACAUUGUGAUCAUAAAUGUUACAUAACAUAGCCAUCUUCCGUAAAAUCCGCAUAAUAAUGAAUACUAGUUGUAUCCGUAUGAAUUCUCAUCUUUCAUACUCAGUCUUAUGGAAAUGUGUACUCGUAUUAUGAUUUCUUACGAUAUUUUGAUAAUAAAUUUGCUUUAUCGUUAUGCAUAAAA